AUGGUGAAAGGAUAUCAAAGUGCAUAUAGUUCAGCACCAAUUCUACCGUUGAACCUGAUAACGAAUACAGAACAGCAUCAGUGUGCAAUUUCGGAGCGUCAUCAUCGUGUACAGCCCAGUCAACAUGUGCACUCUACCAAUGGUUCUGAUGUGGACAUGGAUUGUGCAAAAGCAACACAAUUCGACGAAAGUGCAAGGACUCAAAUUAUACCUGCCCUACAAUCGAAUGAUGUAACUGAUAUAGAAGCUGCUCUUAACAGUAUUGUCACCAUUUCGUAUGAAGUGCCGGAAAAGAUUCUAUUAACAGAGAAUCCGAGUCUAUUAAAUACGUUGACAGAGAUUGCGGACACAUGCCUAAACGAAACCAUGUUUGACGAAAACCCUGCACAAGCAGCCUACAAUAACUCCAAAGUGUCGGAAACAACCUUACUGAAAAUACUACACAUUUUACGGAACUUUUCCUUCGUGGAAUCUAAUACUAGAGUAUUUGCUGGAAACACAGCUUUCAAACAAAUGUUACUCAAAUGUCUUGUUACACCCUCUUUAUCUCAUUACAGCCAUUGCAUUGAUAUUCUAGAAAAUAUGACGCCCUUUAUUGAUUUAGGUCCUUUCGACUGCAUUAUUGGUUGCUUAAACCAUCUCAUCACCAACCUGACAGAUCGAUCUGUCAUUCUUGGCUCAAUACGUAUUCUAACCAUUUUGGCCAGUCGCUCUAAUAUGAAUUUUCAGUACCUAUUACCUACUUCUUCGCAAAUUACCAACAAAAUAACUCAAUUCCUUAUGAUCCAAGACGAAGAGUUGAUCGGCACAUGCCUGGAGUAUCUUUACCAAUAUAGUAAACUUUCAGUAUCAUUCGGCCAGCAUUUGCUUUCACUUCAUCAUGGUGCUGAUUUAGGCAUUCUGAUAUCAUUUUUAAUGGCCCCUUGUAAAUAUUUCAAGCCUUUACUUUUAUCUAACUCAUCACAUCGUCAGCAACCACCAUUUCGGCAAAAUAUCGCAGAGACAAUGAACUAUAACAGUAAAGGUAUUGGUAGUGACAGCGAUGCAAAAGCACAGCCUCAUCGGCGGCAGAAUAAUUAUUGUUCACAUGGCAGUACUCCUUGUGUGCCUAAUCUCGAAUUAUACCAAACAUUGGACGAGCCUUAUCGCUGUUUGGGAUGGUUAAAAGACAAAUUCGAAUUGGCUGGUCCAAAUAACGAACUUUCACUCGAUGACAUGUAUUUAUUAUACGAAACGCGGUUUGGUCAUGAAAAAGCAUUGCGGAUUAAAGAUUUUUAUACUGUAUUGAAGAUUGCUUUCCCUAUUGUCACGGAUAUUACUGGCGGACAAAGCACACCCAUCACUACGACUCCAGCUGAACAGAUUGACCAACAGCAACAAUAUUUUCAAAAUGGAGCUCGAUUGGAAGGUACCACUAUUCGUGGUUUGCAGAUAAAAAUGUGUAUUCUGCAAGAUAACACCGAGUUGAUGUGUCAAUGGAAUAACUGUUCUGAGAGUUUUCAUGACGAGGAAUUAUUACAGAACCAUAUUUUAAACAAACAUAUGACAUCUAGGAAGAUCAAUGGUAAUGGAUCAUUUUCACCUUCUAGUUGUCAAUGGAGUAAUGAUGGAUUAGGAAAUUCCUUUAGAGAUAAACAAGAGUUAUCAUCGCAUAUCAAAGCUUCUCAUUUUAUGCAAAACGUACAACAAAAGCAGGUACAGCAACAACAGCAGAAGAAUUUUGACAGCGUUAGCGGAUUCGUCGAUCAUUCAGAUAUUCAAGGCGUGGCUUUGGUCGCCGCUCAAUUACUCAAUAUUCUGUCACAGAGCACUGUUAAUAGCCAUAUGCUUUUUAUGCCUUACGAGCGAGAACUCAUGCUGAUGAAGAGAAAGAGACCGAAACUAUCUCCGUUUAUUGAUGCAAUUUUCUCCAACUUUCGUGUUUCCUAA